ACAUUCCCACAGAGUGGGACAGCUCUGCUUUGUGUAAAGGCCCUGACUCCUUGAAAGUUUGUUAAAUGUAUUUCACUUCUGCCGGUCGAAUGAACAACCUUACAAUAUGUUUCCUAAUUCAGAAUAUUAUACCCACAUUGUUUAGAACAUUUAAAAUCUAUUGCAGCUUUGUGAGAAAGUAUUUUUAGGUAAUUCAGUAACUAUGUUUCUAAAAUAUGCUACUAAUAUGUAUAUGGUAUUCUUACCAUGGUAUUCUUACAUUCUGCAUCAGCUAAUUCUAAGGAUAUGUUACAGCUUAAUUCUUUAGAUCAAUUGCCCUAUUCAGUGAUCAAUGCAGAAACAACACUUUUCACUUUCCACAAAGCCACAGCCAAAGACAGAUAGGCUGGCAUCAGGCCCAGGGCCAAAAACCACAGCCUAAGAGGCCGGCACUGGCUCUGGAGUCCAAAGCCCCAGCCCCAGCCCGAGAGGCCAGCACCAGCCCCAGGGCCUAAAGUCACUGCCAGAGACACUAGCACCAACCCUGGGGCCUAAAAACACAGCCAGAGAGACCAGCACCGGUGCCAAAAGCCACAGCCUGAGUGGCCAACGCUGACCCCGGGACCUAAAGCCACAGCCUGACAGGCUGGCAGUGGCCCCAGAGCCUAAAUCCACAACCACAGCCAAACAGGCUGAUACCAGCUGUGGGGCCCAGAGCUGUGCCGGAGAGGCUGGAACGGCCCAGGGGCCAAAAAACACAGCCAGAUAGACUGGCACAGGCCCUAGGCCAAAACCCACAGCCAGAGAGGCCUGGACUGGCACUGGGGCCUAAAGCCAAAGCAAAUGCAGAAGAGGCCAGAACCAGCUUCAGGCCUAAAGCCACCACCAGAGAGGCUGGCAUGGCCCUGAGGCCUAAAGCCUAAGAGGACAGCACUAGCUCUGAGGCCUAAAACCACAGCCAGAGAGUCAGAUCCCCAGCUCUGGGAUAUAAAGCCACAGCUACAGUUAGCAAGGCCGGCAUUGGCCCCAGAGCCAAAAGCCCCAACCAGCAAAGCCUGCACCUGCACACCAUUCUCGGUGUGCAAAGAAUGAGGCGCAAGUCAAAAUGAGUCAUGAACUUGAUUUUUGAGUGUGACAACAUCAGAGUUUGGGUCAAAACGAGUGUAUUAAAUCAGAUAGGGAAUGUGUGAGGGGCACAACUUGGGACACAAUAUGUCAUUAAUGCAAUUUUGGAGUGUGAGAAUGUUACAGCAGGACAGGUCUUGCUCACCUUCUGAUCUAAUGAGUGUCCCGAAGGGUCACAGUGUGCCUGCCUGCCUGCAGCAGCACUAGCGAGCCUCAAAAGGCAAGAGUGGGCAAGUGCAAAAGGAAUCUUAGAGCAUGAUGGAGAAGAAGGAGCAAAUAGGUGGCCCAGCAAGAUCUGGAUCGUGGCAGAGCCAGAGUGUAAACAAAGCUGAGAGGCAAAAAAGAGGCUCCAGAGUGGCUUGAUAUGCAGUGAACUUGGGAGUUCCCUUUGUUUCCCCUGGGAUCAGGGAAGCGUUGCAGCCCGAGGAUUUUCACUUGUUCCAGGAGGCCAACAAAAUGGAAAAGAACAUGUUGUGGCAGUGUCAGACCUCCUGUGAGAUGCCAGUAGGACAUGAGUCACAGCAUGACCACAUUGUUCCUCCAGGUGUGGAUGGUGAAGGACAUGUAAAUGCCACAGAAGAUGAAGAUAUACUGAAGUACUGCCUUGCACUUACUGCAGCUCUCCUGGUUUCCAUGCUGGCAGCGAUGAUUACGUUCUGUCUCGUUAUCCGGCGAUGUAGGCAGAGAAACCAGCUCCUCGCUGCAGCUGCCAGAGCCCAGCCCGAUGCCCACGGCUGCACCUCGCACUCGGAUGGACGGCCUGCUCUCCUCAAGGUGCCUGCCCGACAGACACGGCACCAACGGCCACCGCCUGUGUGGGGACGACCUGACCUCCUGCCGCAGAGCACCACCAGUGCGGCCCCUGCCGGGCUGGAUAGCUGCCAGGCUCAGCUGCCUCCGCCUCAGACACCACAGCCCACCAGCCCAGGCUCUGAGGCCCCCGGGAUGUGUGACAGGCCUAGCAGCCACCAGGCAUCAACACCGCCCCCCCGUCCCCCUCCACCCUCUUUCAUGGGACGGGAGAAACCUACCCGAGUUGGAGGCUUGUUGUCAUCGGUCAGCACCCAAACAACGACUCCGUGGCCUAUGAGCAACAGGCCCAACUGUCCCUGGGCAUCAACACCACCCCCCCGUCCCCCUCCACCCUCUUUCAUGGGACAGGAGAAACCUACCCAAGUUGGAGGCUUGUUGUCAUCGGUCAGCACCCAAACAACGACUCCGUGGCCUAUGAGCAACAGGCCCAACUGUCCCUGGGCAUCAACACCACCCCCCCGUCCCCCUCCACCAUCCUUCAGGGAACGGGAACAGCUUCCCCAGGCUGUAGGCUUGACAGCACUGCCCAGUCAACAGAGAAUCGGUGCCCAGGGAAGACACGAUAGGCCCAGCAUCCCCCUGUCCACCCAGGCACCGUCACCACCCUUCCACUCCCCUCCACAAUCCUUCAGAGGUAAGGAGUUGCCCUGCCAGGGUGUAGGCUUGGGGCAAUUUUCCUACAGAUGGAGAACUGUGACCUGGGGGAAGUAUGACAGGCCCAGCAGCCCCAAGUCCCCCCCAGCACCAGCUCUACCCUUCCGCUCCUCUCCACCAUCCAUCAGGAGGUGGGAGCGGUCCCCCCCAGGAGGUAGGGUUAGGGGCAUCAUGCAACACCUGUAAAAGCACUGCCAGGAGGAAGUAUGACAAACCCAGCAGCACCCAGCCCCCCCCAGCAUCACCUCUGUCCUCACGAGAGCCACCAUCAGUCAGGAGGUGGGAGCACCCCCAGCAUGUGGGUUUAGGGGUAUCAUCUGACAGCCAGAGAACCGCUGCUGGCAUCAACCGUGGCUUUCCAGGCUGUGUUGUACCAAUAAAUAGAAAGUAAUACCACAGUUGUCCGUGCUGUACUGUUGUCAUGUUACUACUUGACCCACUGCCAGACCUUGUGUGCCACUUGGCAUUGGCAGACAGAUAAUAUGAGUGGGAAUGGUUUUAAACUCAAAGAGAGACAAUUGAGGUAGAUGUGUAGAGGAAAUUCUUCCCCCGAAGCAGCAAGGCCCUGGCCCAGGGUGCCCAGAGGCUGUGGGUGCCCUGCAUCCUGUCUGAGGAAGGGACAGGAGUGGGAGUACAUUAUGCAAAAGCUCCAGUGCUUCUGCGUAAGCUUUACCAGACAACAGGCACUGUCCUGCUCUGACUAGCGGGCAAUAAUUCGCUCUGCAACAGGAACCAAGCAAGAACUAUUAGCACAUUUUCUUCCUCCUCCAUUUCAUUUUGCUCUGUGGGCUGGACCGAGAACCUGAAAAUGGAGAGAGACGCGAUGAAGACAAUGCUGCAAGCCUCGUAAGUCUGCUGUCACUGCUCACUCUGUGAUAGCAGUUGUCUUAUCAGAGGCACAGUCCAUUGUGCUACUAGAAGUAGUGCUCAGCUGCCAUGAUACCACCCUGCAACUCCUCUCCAGCACCUGCCCUAGGUCACUGAUUCCUCAGGAUCCUCCAAGAGGUGCAACAUUCCCAUGUUUUCUCUCAGCUCUUAGCACUGCUGCACUCCUCAGGAGCUAUGGCCACAAACAAAGCAGCCAUCAGUCAGCGGUAAAAGCAUCCCGGUUCUCUGCAAGAGGACAGAGUUCUGGAGCCAAAGAAGCCAGCACCGUCCCUCGCACAUAAAUCCACAGCCAGGCAGUCCUUCAUUGGCCCCCGAGCCUAAAGCACCAGCCCUGGGGUCUAAAGCAACUGCGAGAGAAGCCAGCAUCAGACCUGAGGCCUAAAGACACAGCUAGAGAGACCAGCACUGGCCCAAGGGCCUGAAACCACAGCCACAGCCCGAGAAGCCAACAACAGACCCGGGGCCUAAAGCCACAGGCAGACAGGCCUGCACUGGCCCCAAGACCUGAAGCCAUAGCCACAGCCCAAUGCUAGCACCAGCUUUGGGCCUAAAUCAACAGUCACAGCUUGAGAGACCAGCGUAGGCCUAAAGCCAGAGCCUGAGAGGUUGGCACAGGCCCCAAGGACUGAAGCCGCAGCCAGAGACGCCAGCAAAAACCCUGGGGCCUAAAGCCACAGCCUGAGAGGCUGACAUCAGCCCCAGGGCUUAAAGGCACAACCAGAGAUGCUGGCACUGGCCCCAGGGCAUACAGAUGUGCAUUCUUAUGGCUUUCUACUGGUUCCCCUGGGACUCCACUGACCACUAUGAGACCAUAUUGGUCUUUACUGGUUUUUAUUGGGCUGCACAACAGUCAUCUUCACUUCACCGUUAUUUUACUUCACUAACCCUAUUGGGUGAGCCUGCUGUUGGUUUCCAAGAAUUUAGAUCUGGGCGGCAUCCUUUUCCUUCACUUAUGAUGAAGGCACAGAAGUGAUGCGGGCACUCGCUGAGUCGUUGCCAGGGUGGGAGUGUUUGUGCCACAGCUCGUGAACAGAGCUGGUGCAGAGAUUGAGCUGUAAGCCUUCCUUGAGAGAGAUCACCCUGUGAGAACCUGUCGGAAGCACCGCUGCGGUGUGUGUGUGAGCUGGGCACAGCUCAGGCUGAGCAGGUUUGGUGCUGGCUUGUUGCUGGGAGGUGUUUCAGCAGAAAAGCUGGUCUGGGGAGGAGUUGCCAGCUCCAGCAGUGCCCCUCUGCACGGCUGUUUCCAAAGGAAAUGGGUCCUUGUUGAGAUUCCAUCCCAUGUUUUUAUGAGGAUGAUGAAAUAUCAUUACUCCCCUGGAAAUCCUCUGCCGGGCCCCCACUGUCAUGCCAGACAUUAAAAAGGAAGGAGAGCACAGACUUCAUAGAGUGCAACUUGUGCCUCACUGCCCCACAGAUGGCUGGGUGCAGAGCUACUGAGAUGGAGAAGAGCACUUGCUGACACAAGUCAUGGCAGUCAGACACAAGCUGGAGCUAGCAUUAGGCAGCUCUUGUAGCUAGCUGCUUUCCAGACAUUGCCCUCCUCAAGAGACUACAUUGCAUGGCAGAAGAAAGCUGGGAAAAUGCUUCUUCCUCAUGAUUUUUCACUUGUUGAUACUUUUUGUAGGGUUCCUGUCCAAAAGGAGAUUUCAGGGUUUGCGGCAGUCUUAGGAAGAGUGAAGCCAGCUCUUUCCAAGGGUGGGAGAAGUUCCUGUGGAAAGAGCCCUCAGAACUUUGGCUUCCUCUGUGACUUCAGCGGUCAUGUCUCAGCCAGGAGAUGACCCUCCUCAGCCCCUCUGAGCACGGCAUCUCAACCUGGACCAGCCUUCAAAAGGGGAC